AGGUUCUUCAAUGAAUGUGCUCGUCCAGGGAGCAGUCCAUGCUCUCGGAUACUACGAAGAUGGAAAAUAUAGCCGAGAACCGGAUUGUUAUGAAAGCAUCCGAGAUUUAAUUCGAUAUCUACGCGAAGACGGUGACGAUCACACUGCUCGAAUCGAAUGCGGGCGGCACAAUCUUGUCGAGCAGGAUUUGGUUCCGAUGGUGAAGUGUGAAGAUUUGACGGAUGAUGAAUUCGAUAUUGCUAUUAGAUUAAUGGUGAACCUGUGCCAACCUGCAAUAUCAACGAUGCGCGGCAAGCCUCCCGCCGAUCGAGAUCAAUGGAAAAUGUACUGGGAACUCGAGGAGAACCUCCGUCGCGCCAAAACCGCCUUCUCCGACGCCCACUUCUUCACUGCCAUCAAAAAACGAAUCGAUAAUUAUUUCAUCGAUACAGAGUACGAGGAUCGCGACGAGAGGCUUCGGCUUGUGGUGGAACGUAUCGUUUUGCUGAUUAAAUACGUGUUUUCCAUCAAUCCGGAUACAUCAGAAGGCCGAAGAACUCGCAUCGAGGAUAGCAGUCAUGAUCGUGUGAUUAUUGCGUUUUUAGAGUCGGGAAUCGAUAAAACUCUGAUGCAUAUCGCGAAUCAGCCGAGAGAAAAAGAGUUCCACGUCACGAUUCUCGACAUUUUCGCGUUGAUCCUGAAAGAGCAGACAGCUGAGGAUCUGGCCACCAAGUCUGAAGAAGUUUCGACAGCUGAACAGAAGAAGACCGAGGAGGAAUUUCGAAAAAUCAUCGAAAACCACGUUGUCAAAGAGACUCAGAAGAGAAAGUCGUUCUCGAGAUUCGGUGGAUCCUACACAAUCAAAGGUCUUAAGGGAAUCUCGGCGAAUUCUAGUCAAGUAGUGUUCAAACCGAUUCAAAACGUGGAAAAGCACAAUUUUCUGGAUGAUCGGAAGGCGAAAAAGCGGGCUCCGAGGAAUAGAAGACCGUUUGAAAUCGACACAAAUUCGCAUUUCGCGUCGUCUGAAGUUCGUGGGAUGCUGAGAGAUAUGGUGAUCCGAAUCAUUGAGACUUGCUUCAACAGGCUUAUGAAAAGCUCGAAAACGACGGUCUUCGUGCAAGUUCAAAAGACAUCCCAAAUCAACUACUUCUUCCUGAUCAAGUUCGUCCUCCGAUUCGUCAGGCUAUCGCGUCAGGAUCAUCUCCUCGAAAGGAUCUCAGAGUGCAUCGGAGUUGAAGCAUUCCACGAGAAUAACGUCCAACUCACGGAAUACGUGGAGAAUGCGACUACGCUGAAGGGAGUCGAAGCUAAGAGUCAUGGGCUGAAGGCUCAGUAUGCUCUCGGAGCUUACAAUGAGCUUGUGCUCCUUCACCGUUAUAUCUACGAGCAUGCCAAGGAGGAGAAUGAACGGAAAUUCGCGAAACGAGCGCUGGAGCAUAUUGUGAACGUUGAGGAGUACAGAGAGCUGCCGAUUUUCAUCAUUAAGAAAUUCUCGAGCUCCGUGCUCUCUAACAACUUUCUCCGAGAGCUUGUGCUCACCACACAUCACUACAUGAAGCUUGUCGAGAGAUUUGUGAAGACAGGAGCAUUGAAGAAAGUCACGAAGAAGGUGAAGGUGCGGAAGGCUACGAAGAAGAGCAAGAUGUCCGAGGAGGAUGUCCGCUCGGAGUUUGAUGGAAUGAGCAAGAAGGAUCUCGAUCGGCUCUGGGAGGAAUCCAAGGGCCUUGUACUUCAAAUUCUGAAGAAAGAAGUGCCGGAGAUGAGGGGAAUGAACCCGAUCGACUCGCAGCUUGAUGUUCCCGUAGAUGCUCAGCAGAAGUUUGCCAAGCUUUCGAUUCAAAGAUCGUUGAGAUCCAGAGGAUUUCCAGCAGCGGUUGGGCUGUACCAUGCUUCGAGGGCCUUGUGGCCUGAGAGUUUUAAAAGAGGACUAACGGAUUUCCAGGAUUCUCCGGGAGAGGAGGAUCAGCUCCAAGAGCUCGAGCAACUUCUCAAGGCUGACAUGAAAAAAGUGGCGAAGGACCUGAAAAAAGCGGAAAGCUGCAAAACUUGCGACGAGGAUCCAGCUUACAAGAAAUAUGACAAAAUGGACGCCACAGCUCUUCAAUCCCUCUGGGAGCAAUCCACAGACACCUUGGCUCGGAUCCUGAGCCACGAGCUCCCAGAGUCCGAAUCCACGAGCCCGGUCAAUUGGCAGCUCGACAUCACGCCAGACGUCCAGCAAAAGUUUGCGAUGCUCGCAAUCCAGCGCGCCCUCCGCGCCCGGGAUCUCCCAGCAGCUGUGGGCCUCUACCACACUUCGAGGAAGCUCUGGCCCGGAGAUGAAGCCAUCUUUGGAGCACCUGGAAUCGGUGUUGAGGAGGAGAUUGCCGAGCUGAAGGCGAUCCUGGAAGCGGAUUUGCACGAGGUGGCGAGGGAGAUGAAGGUGGCAGAGGAUAGAGCUGAAGAUCCCGACGAAGAGGAUCCGGCGGAGCCAUAUGAUUCGGAGCAAGAAGAGGAAGAAGAGGUUCCUGCUUGGAAAGUUGAAGAGAUCGACUUCCAAUUCGACUCUUAUGUUUGUAAAUUUUCAAAUGUAGACGUUCUCAAGUGGUAUGUCUUCCUGCUCAACGACUUCUCGAAAAACUCCACUGAGCUCAACCAAGCCCUCGUAAAAAUGCUCCAUCGAAUCGCAUUCGACUUGAAGCUGCCCAUCAAGCUCUACCAAGUCUCCCUUUUUCAAGUUUUCUCGAAAGUCAACGAGCACUUCACUCACCUUUCCAAAGAUCUUCGAAAGUCUAGCCGACUCUACGAGCUCUAUCAAUUCGGCUUUCAUUUGCUCAAGAAAUUCUUCUCAAAAUUCACAGGUGACUUGGCGAUUGAAGCCCUGUUCUGGAAGGGACCCCGGGAAUGUUUCGAGAUUGAGAAUGGAUAUGGAUCUUGGGUUAAAAGCCGAGAAGCUGAUAUUCGAGUUUGGACAGAGGAUUUGGAGAUUGAGCUCAGGAAUUUGUAUGAGGAGUAUAGGACGAUGGAGACUAGAGAUGGAAUCGAUGUUCUGGACUUUAUCGAGCACAAUCUGUCACGUGCCCGAUCUCGAAAAAAGGUGGCCAAAAAACUAAUCGAAUUCGGUUUUGAUCUACUCGGAGCAAAAUGGAAAAAUUCGGAUAAAGCUCGAAUGGACUCGGUUCUUCCAAUUGGAGAUAUUCAGAAAUGGUACGAUGAGUGGAAAGAAGCUGGAGCCCGAGGAGAUUUGGUUAAUGUUCUUCAGGAGAAGCUCAAUGAAGAUUUGGGAAUGGAAAUUUCGCGGAAAAAGAUUUUGAAACAACUGGCUCAUAUGGAUAUUUUGUACGAGAAGCCGAAAAAGGAGAAGCCGUUGCCGCAGUGGGAUACGGGAUUGAUUGAAGAGUUGAAGAAGCUCAAAGAGCAAUAUGAUGAUAUUCCGGAUGCUUUGAAUAUGCUUGGUGUGAAUAUUGUCCGAUAUGUGAUGAAAAGAUUAUCCGAAAAGAAGCCAACACGACAAGUGGAACGACAUCUAGAAUCACUGGGCGCCACAAUUCCGGAGAGAUCAAAAAAAUCCGAGAAAAACGGCAAAAAAUUCGAUGAUUUUUUGAAUGAUGAUGAUGAUGAUAGUGAAAAUGAUGUCGGAGGAGGCUCAGAGGAUGAUGAAGAGGAGGAAAUCGUGAUGAAGAGUAAACGAAUUAUUCCGGAUUCUGAGGAUGAAGAGGAGCACAUUGAGCAAGAAGAAGCUCAAAAGAAAUUGGAAAAAGUCGCUGAAAAACCAAAUACUCUAAUGGGAAUGAUUGCUGGGAGAAAACGGAAGCUUGCUCAGCUGGAAAGUGAUUCUAGUGAUGAAAGUGACGAUGAUGAUAGUGCUGAAAAAGAAGAGAAAAAGCUACCAGCUGCAGAGGAUGAUAGUGAUUUGGAAGAGGAUGCUGUUAUUUAUAAGAGAAGCUAUGUGGAUGCUCUACUAACAGGCGGCUCAAUUGCUGGAAAUGGAAUCACAGAAACAAGACGUGAUACUUCGGAAGAACGAGAAGAUGAUGAUGAUGAAGAUCCAUUCACGAAGAAGCUCACAUUUAAGAGACGAAUUGUGAUGUCGGAUAAUGAAGAUGAAGCCUAAGACGACUGAUUUUUUGUGCCAUUAUUUUAUUCUAUUUUGAUAUAUUCACUUUAUUAUGAAAAAUUCCUUUUGAAAAAUGUCAAUUUUCAGUGAAAAUUUUUUUUUUUU